CUGAGUCUGCGCAGACUCAGAAAAUUUCGGCAAGCCUAAGAAUGGCGGGCACGGGUUUAGUCGCCGGAGAGGUUGUGGUAGACGCGCUGCCGUAUUUUGACCAAGGUUACGAAGCGCCCGGUGUGCGGGAAGCGGCUGCAGCGCUGGUGGAGGAGGAAACCCGCAGAUACCGACCUACUAAGAACUACCUGAGCUACCUGACAGCCCCGGAUUAUUCUGCUUUUGAGACCGACAUAAUGAGAAAUGAAUUUGAAAGACUGGCUGCUCGACAACCAAUAGAAUUACUCAGUAUGAAACGAUAUGAACUUCCAGCCCCUUCCUCAGGUCAGAAAAAUGACAUUACUGCAUGGCAAGAAUGUGUAAACAAUUCUAUGGCACAGUUAGAGCAUCAAGCGGUUCGAAUCGAGAAUCUGGAACUAAUGUCACAGCAUGGAUGCAAUGCCUGGAAAGUAUAUAAUGAAAAUCUAGUUCAUAUGAUUGAACAUGCACAGAAAGAGCUCCAGAAGUUAAGGAAACAUAUUCAAGAUUUAAACUGGCAGCGAAAGAACAUGCAGCUCACAGCUGGAUCCAAAUUAAGGGAAAUGGAGUCAACUUGGGUAUCCCUCGUCAGCAAGAAUUAUGAGAUUGAAAGGACUAUCGUGCAAUUAGAAAAUGAAAUCUUUCAAAUGAAGCAGCAACACGGAGAGGCAAACAAAGAAAACAUCCGGCAAGACUUCUAAAGAGACAGAUGAAUUUGAUGGGUAGAAAGGAAGGCAGACUGGGCUUUCACAGGAAAUCAGGCAUCUGAGCUGUGAAGGAGAACAGCAUCUUAAGGAAAUCAUCAGUGGUUAAAUGUUUACUGUAGAGUGUGGACUGUUAUAUUUGUACGUUUUAGCGAAUAAAA